AUGAGGCGUGCACUCCCCCUCAGUUUUUCAGGCUUCUUUUUAGACAAAUGUGACUCCAUACGCCAACGUUCCUCAGGGGAAAUUUUCAUCGGGGGACUUAUGACGAUCAUAGGUCGAGCCGUCGGCCUAGACUUCCCGGAUCCUGAGUACAUACCUGUCGACACCCCACUGAACUUCCUGCUAGAUUGUGACACUCUCAUCCGGAUGGAGAUGUUGCUCGAUCGGGGAACCCGCACAUACAGUUGGUUAGACUCUGACAAAGCACCGGUUUACAUCCUGCCAAGUUGGAUCGGUUCUUCAUUCGAUACAGGCAACCCCGACACUUGGCUUCCUCCAGAUCAGUUGACCCAAGCAGGUGUAUUUCCAGAAUUCGGUGAUGAUGAGGGUGACGAUGCAGAGCAACUAGAGGAAGAAGAUGACGAAGAGAACGACGAGAUGCCCGAAGCUGAGGACCAUUUUGACCAGCCCUCGAUGCAGCAGCUGAUGUUUCCGCAUGAUCAAUUCCAGGCCCCUCCGCACCAUUUUGACCAGCCGCAUCAGCAGGAGGGACACGAACAAGUCAAAGCUUCAUUUGUAAAAGUGAAAACAAACUCGAAGAAUAUCAAUCAUUGGCUCGAAGGAAAAGGAAAGCCUUAUCAAUCAGGAAAGUUUUCACAAAAGGAAAUCAGGUAUCCUUACGAAAGCUACUUGAACGAGUCAUCAACAGGGAGUUCUUCAUUAAUGGAAUCGAAUCCCUCUGUUUGA